AUGGCUCUACAAGUUUUGCUUGCCCAUACGGGCCAGCGCCUCCAGGUAGAUCCAGGGUCUUUUGCCUCGCUUGAGGAAUUUAAGGCUUGGGUUGCAAUGAACAGCGAGGUUCCAGAGCUGAAUCACAUUGCUUUGACGAACCAGGGGAAACCCAAGGAUAUAUUCGUGUACGAUAGACGGAUAGCUCAAUCCUCUUCUCCUGGUGCUACACGAUCAAUGUACCCCCAGACACCUUUACCUCCGAAAUAUACUCCCACGAAGCCUCCCGACACGAUCGCCAACCAAAAUGAUUUGCAGGCAUGGAAGGAUCUAUUCAAGGCGCGUAGACUAUGGGCCCUAAAGGUGGUAGAUGACUGUGCGGCUAUGUCUCAGCAGGCUCUGGAAAAAUACAAUGAAUCUGCUGUUAUCACUCGGGGCAUCGACGCUGCGGUCUUCAAUUUGGAGAAGCAUGUCAGGCAGCUAGACAUUAAGAACGCGGAUAUUCAACGAUGGUCAAGGGAGAUUCAGGAGGAGCAAGAACUUGCUGGUGCGGAUUGGGAAGCUUCCAUAGCCAGAUUACGAUCCCUACCUGCUACGAGCGAGACGAUCAAAUUCAUUACCGGCCGUGACACUCGAAGCUCCAGAAGCCCCACCCUGGAAGAUCUCGUCGACGUAGAUGAUAUCAAGAGGGCAGGGAAAGUCGUUCAGAAUAUACAGACAAGCCUGGGUCGGGACAGUGCGAAGGUGGGAAAGAAAGUCGAUGAGAUUUUGAAAACCACAGACGCGUUGUUUGAGAAAGUUGAAACCGACCCUGCCCGAUCGUUGACAGCACGUAAAACAGAGCCGAUACAGUUGAUGGAGGACAUUGAGGCCAUCGCCAGGAAAGUCACCAGUGAUUACGAGAACGUUCUGGGUUACUCUAAUACUGCCAAAAACAUCUCUCAAGCCUCCAGAUCUGCUCUACUGCAUACGAAAAACUACCUGCCAAAUCUUUCCAAGAGAGCUCUAGAAAUGGAAAGCGUUCUACUAUCCGCUAUCGAGUUAAGAAACGACAACGCCGCCAAUUCGCUAGAGUGUAUGCGUGAUAUUGCUACUUUGACUGCAAUGGUUAGUGACUCUAAUAUUCAGUUCAAGGGCUUGGAAGUCGACGAAGAUAGUGCCGAGGCUGUAAAUGUGCUAGCAAUGAUGAAUUAUUUACCGGUCACUUAUGCCUCAUUCCUAGCUGAGGCUGUCAGACGCAGAGAAUGGAAUGAGAAAGUCAAAUUGGAUUCUUCAACUCUAGCGAACGAGAUGGCAGCCUUUCAAGACGAAGAGGCAAGACGACGCAGAAAAUGGCAGAAGUCUACUGGUUCCGCAUUAUGGGGUGAUAAGGCUGAGCGCAAUGUUAUGGGACUUGAAGUCAACCUCCUCGGAGAAGGGGACGAUUGGCCACAAGCUACGAGACAAGAUCUAAAUGAGUUGCUAGAUAUACUCAAAGGCCAGGACCAGAAAUCGAAACUUCUUGCCGAUAUCACAAAGAUCAUGUCGGAUCUCAACAAUCCCACCAAACAACAGAGCAAACGGGCGAAAGCAUUUAAAGCUGGCAGUAUACAUGAAGCUGCACUUGGCAGAAGUGCGCUCUUGGUCCGUGGAGAUGAUGACCUGAUACGGGUUCUGCAAGAAGAGAAGCAAAAGGUGGAGAGUAAACUCAAGACUGCGGAAAGUCGCGUGAGAAGACUGGAAGAUUUGCUUCAUCGUCAGAGCAAUAUCAAUAGGACAUCGACAGGGAACGUAUUCCAGCUUCCUGGUUAUCCUAGUUCUGACACCCAAUUUGUGGCCAAUCCACUGGCCUCUCCACGUCUACAAGAUGGAUCUUCUCGUAGAUCGUCUGUAUCUUCCCGUAGAUUUUCUGCCAAUCAAGGGCCAGAAGAGAAAGCUUUCCAGCAAAAACUCUUAUCCUUAGAGGCAGAGUUGAUUGCGGAGCGCGAGAAAGUGUCAGGCUUGGAAAAGGAAGUCUCUGCCAGGAAAACUUCUGCGGAUAAUAUGAAGUCACAAGCUGAGGAUGCAAACUCUACGAAGCAAGACCUCAUGGCCAACUUUGAAGUUCACCAGCGCGAAUUUAUUGAAGAACGAAAGUCUCUAGAGGACGAAAUAAAGCGACUCAAGGCUAGGCUCGAAGAGGUGGAGGAUGAAAUGGACCGUUAUCUCGGAUCUCGUGAGAAUGAAAAGACUUCUGUUGAUGAGCGUGUCAAAGCUGUUCAAGAUGAGUUUGAUAGGUACAAGAAAGAGGCUACGGCAGAAGCGCAAAAAUCACAGGGCCAAGUCGACUUCUUGAGGAACGACGCAAAGUUACAGCGAGAAACCAACGAGACCUUGCAAAAACAGAUGCAGGAAAUUACGGCAGAGAACCGAGAGCUCAAGGCUCGGAUUGAGAAAGCGGAAUCUCUGGCCAAUGAAGAAUUGAAGACUUUGCAAGAUAUUCAUUCGCAGCUGGCUCCGAAAGGCGUUAUUCCCGAUACUUUGCCAGCAUUUGCUGACACAUUGGUCAGCUUAUCAGGCGAUUUGGUGGCUGAACUCAAGUCGGUAAAGAGCGAUGCUACGAUUGCUAGAUCUGACCGAGAUACUGCUCAGACUGCCAUCGUUGAGAUACAGUCUGAGCUGGAGCAAGUCAAGGAGAAAGUGGCUAAAGAAGAAUCUGAAUCAUUGCAUCUCCGAGAGACCUUGGAUGCCGAGAAAGCCAAGUUUACGGCGCUGGAAGUCGAAUUGACAGAUGAGAGAUUCCAGUUAACUUCACUGAGAAGGCAGAUUGCAGAUGGAGAGACUGGAUCUGAUGCCCUUCGCAAUCGACUCGAAGAAGAGGAGCGCAAGGUAACGACGAUCUCGGAAGAUCUUGCGGCUCGGCAGUCACGAAUUGGUAGCCUCGAGGAAGAGUUGAGAUCCUCCCAAGAGAAACAUCAAUUCAUACAAAUGAAGCACGAUAAGCUCUCUUCAAGAUUUGAAGCGCGAACUUUACGGGCGAAAGACCUCACUCAACGAGUCUAUGGCCAAAACGAUCGACUGUCUAGACUGCUAGAACGUCUAAGUUACUCUGUAACUCGUGAUGGAGGCUCGAUGAUCAUUCAAAGGUUACCCAGACCAGAGAAAUCAACUACCAACGAUUCAUCGGAUCCUGGGUCGUCGUUGAAGAAGAGCAUUUCAGGUGCUGUCCCCAGGAAGGCCAUGGUUGAUAGUGGUGAUCUCGACUUGCUCUACUGGAUGCACAAUGACGAUUCCGAGGCUGAGUUGGAGAAGUACGACGCUUACCUCAAUGCAAUUGGCAGUUUCGACGUGGAAGCAUUUUGUGAAGUCAUCACCAGACGCAUCAAAGAUCUCGAGUACACAGCUAAGAAGUAUCUUCGAGAUGGUCGCGCCUACCGGGAGAAGUCACACGCAGCACAGAAAGAAGCACACGAAAAAAUAGCCUUCAAACGCUUCAAAGAUGGCGACCUGGCCCUCUUCCUACCAACCCGCAACCAAGCUACCGGCGCCUGGGCAGCCUUCAAUGUCGGCGCCCCGCACUACUUUCUCAAAGAGCAAGACUCGCACAAGCUGCGUACCCGCGACUGGCUCCUCGCUCGCAUCCAUAAAAUCGAAGACCGCGUCGUCGAUUUGUCAAAAUCUAUGUCUGAAUCACAGCAGCCCGGCGACGGCAAAUCAUUCAACAGCACGAAUUCCCUCGACGACGAUAACCCGUUCGAGUUGUCUGAUGGUUUGCGCUGGUACUUAAUCGACGCUUCCGAAGAGAAGCCCGGUGCGCCAUCUACACCUGGGCUGGGCAAAAGUACAGUAGCGAGUGCACAUAUUGAUGCACAGGGCAGUACGAUUCGACGUGGGAAGAAGAGUUCGAGUGGGGGCGUGGAGAAGAAGUUGACCCAGAGCUUAGACAGUCGAAGGAGCAGCAGUAACUCCAAGAAAGCUGUACCGCUCAUCAAAGGCUCUUCCUCCAUCUUGGAUGCGGCAUCUUUGAAAGGGGCAUCGACGACGGGCGAGUCCGAAGGGCUGGCUAUUGUACCUGUCUCGAGCAGUACGCCUGAUAAUAAUGCGAACGGAGAGGUGCGAAAUAACCAGAUUGAUGACCUUCUUGGUCCUUGA